AUUCUGCUCAUCAUUUUUUUUUUGCAAUCUCCUUCCUCCUUCAGUCUAUCCUCUCUCUCUCUCUCUGUGGCUCUUGGUUCAUUCAAUCCAUCUCAGUCCCUCCUCUCUCUCUCUCUCUGUGCCUCCAACAGUACAGGACUUUCUCAUUCACUAUAGAUUCUUCUCACACGCUCGGAGCUCCCAAUCCCAACAGCCUUUCCACACACACUCGAUAAUGUUGCUGCAUAUGCUGCUCCUGAUCUGUGAAAUCUCGGCGGACGGUCGAUAAUGAACGAUUUUCCCCCUUUUGGUUUCAUUUUAAUUUUGUUUUUAAAUAUAUAAAGGAAAAGACUCAACACCCACCUUAAAGUCUCAUCACUCCGGCAUGAAAAGAAGGGAUUUCUGUGUCUCCUCGUCAAUCGCCUUCAGCUUGGCAGGUCCCUGCCCGAACCGGAGCUGGAACGACAGGGUCGGCUGCAACUUUAUACUGAGCUGCCUUGACACGGGCUCUCUGUGCAUCACAGCCGCCCAGGAGAACCGUCAUUAGGACUCCACAGAAUGGAGCAAGAAUGAACAGAAAGUGGCUGAAAGAAAAGCAUGAACUGGAGGUUUAUUGAAUUCAUCUACCUACUGUUUAUAUGGGAUCAUAUAACAGUAAAGCCUUCCCACCAGGAUCCUACAGCCACCCAGAACCAUGCCACCAAGCAGUUUGAUUGGCUUAUAUCGGACAGAGGUCCUUUCCACAACUCGAGGGGAUAUUUAUCCUUUGUGGAAAGAUAUCGUCAAGGAUUUACAACCAGAUAUAAAAUAUAUAGAGAAUUUGCACGUUGGAAGGUGAGAAAUACAGCGGUCGAAAGGAGGGACUUAAUCCGGAACCCCAUCCCACUAAUGCCAGAAUUCCAGAGAAGCAUCCGCUUGCUGGGAAGGAGGCCUUCAACCCAGCAGGUGAUAGACACCAUCAUCCGAAAAUACGGAACGCAUGUUCUAUCAUCAGCAGUCCUUGGAGGUGAAGAAGCACUUACCAUGUACAUGGACAAAAGCAAGUUAGAUAAAAAGUCAGCAAAUGCCAGUCAGAGUGUGGAGGCCCUCCAUCAACUUGCCUCAUCCUAUUUCAUUGAUCGUGAUGGAACCAUGCGACGACUUCAUGAAAUACAAAUCUCGACUGGAGCUAUCAAGGUAACAGAAACACGAACUGGACCUCUGGGGUGUAGCAGUUACGAGAACCUUGAUUCAGUGAGUUCUGUUCUACUGCAGAGUCCUGAGAGCAGAUUGCAUUUGCAAGGUCUCCAGGUUGUUCUUCCUGAAUACCUGAGGGAGAAGUUUGUGCAGUCAGCCCUGAGUUACAUCAUGUGCAAUGGAGAAGGCGAAUACAUCUGUAAAAACAGUCAGUGUGCUUGUCAGUGUGCAAUGGAAUUUCCACAAUGCAACUGUCCUAUCACUGACAUUCAACUCAUGGAAAAUUCAUUGGCUGGACUUUCUGAGGCAUGGAACACAGCUUAUAAAGAUUUUGAAACAUCAGAUGAAUUCAAGUCCUUCUUGAAACGUCUGCCCACCACACAUUUCUUGACAGUGGGGAGUGUCCAUCAGCUCUGGGGCAAUGACUGGGAUCUCCAGGCGCGGUACAAAAUGCUCCAGAGCUCUGUGGAGACGCUAAAGCUGAAAAUCCAGCGUACUGCCCGCAAACUCUUCAGCCUCAGUAUCCGCUGCCGUCACAACCCCAACCACCAGAUGCCUCGAGAAAGGUCGGUCCAUCAGUGGCUGAACCGAGUCCAGUCAUUCCUGUACUGCAGCGAGAACGGGUACUGGGGCACCUUCCUUGAGAGUCAGAAGAGCUGCGUGUGCCACACAGUGGCCAACAUGUGCCAGCGGCCCAUCCCCUGCAACAUCGGCAGCAACAGCAGCUGCGCCAUGUGCAGCCUGGCCAACAUCUCCUUGUGCGGCUCCUGCAACCGAGGCUUCAAGCUGUACCGGGGCCGCUGCGAGCCCCAGAACGUGGACUCGGAACGCAGCGAGCAGUUCGUCAGCUUCGAGACUGAGCUGGACUUCCACGACCUGGAGCUGAAUUACCUCCUGGCGAAGAAGGACUCCAGGCUGUCCAUCCAGACCAUGUUCAUCAGCAAUGAAAUCCGCCUGGACACCUUUUUCGACCCCCGAUGGCGGAAGCGGAUGUCGCUGACCCUCAAGAGCAACAAGAACCGGGUGGACUUUAUCCACAUGGUGGUAGGCCUCUCCAUGAAGAUCUGCCAGAUGAGGAACAGCAGCCUCGAGCCGGUGUUUUUUGUUUACAUUAACCCCUUCAGCGGCAGUCACUCCGAGGGCUGGAGCACGCCCAUUGGCGAGCACGGCUACCCAAGCUGGGAGAAGACGAGACUGCACGACUCGCCCUGCUACAACUGGACCCUGCUGCUGGGCAACAGGUGGAAGACGGUCUUCGAGACCGUGCACGUCUACCUGCGCAGCCGUUCCAAGCUGCCAGCCUCCCUACGCAACGUGACGGCCCAGGGCCCCGUGGACCUCUCGGACCCCAGCAAGCGGCAGAUCUACAUCAAGAUCUCGGACGUGCAAGUGUACGGCUACAGCCUGCGUUUCAACACUGACCUGCUGCGCAGCGCGGUCCAACAGGUCAACCAGUCGUAUGCGCAGGGCACGCAGUUCCACUCCUCCUCCUCGGUCAUGCUGCUGCUGCUGGACAUCCGGGAGCGUAUCAACCGGUUGGCACCCCCGGUGGCCGCGGGCAAAGCGCCCCUAGACCUCUUCUCCUGUAUGCUGAAGCACCGUCUCAAGCUCAAUAGCAGUGAGGUCAUGCGUGUCAACCAUGCCCUGGACAUGUACAACUCUGAAAUUCUAAAACAGGCAGAUCUGCUGACGACAAAACUUUGUUGACUUUUUCCACACUACCCCCCACCCCGCCACACACAAGGGAUUUGUUGAGAUGUACAGUUGCAAAAAAAAGCAAAG